AUGGCGCGCUUCAAGAUAUGGAGGAAAUCUUCGCACACAGUGGAAGUGCUACCAAGCUCCAGCGAACAGCUCACAAGUGGUCCGCCGCAAUUCGAGUCCAGCACAACACCUCCCGGCUCUCCAGAAGCAGAUCCAACAGCAUCCAGCGCGCCUGUCAUCAAUAACGACUACUUCCAAGAAGAGCCCUCAUCACGUCAAGCCAGUUUCGACCUCGACAGCACACCUCGAAGGGAUUCAAGCCCUGCGACAGCAACAGCGGCGCACCGUUGGACAAAGGUACCCGCAGGCUAUGCAAACGGGCCAUGGGGCGAGUCUCGACAGACUUUUAGAGCUUACAAGCCUCCUGAAGUUCUCACGCUCCUCGACACCAGUGCACACAACCCGCGCAGUCCCCUCGCCUGGUUCAUCGACCAACUGGGCAUCCCCAUCGCCAAGAUAGUCCCAAGAGCAGGAAAUUGCAUUGUCGCCCACCACUGCGAAUACGAACUUGGAAAUCUCAACAUCAGCCGAUCAAUACCACUCCCGUCCGGCUACUGCGAGCCCUUCAUCUCAAACCGCGACUUUGCCGACGGCAGUUGGCGCGAUCUUCUCAUCUUCAGCUCUCCGGUGGCUAGAAAUCCUCUGCGCAUGGUUCGAGCUUGCGAAGUCGUUAGUCCAAAGACCGAGCGGAUCACGAUUGCUUUUACGGUCAACUUCCUCGACACCGGCGAGGAUGACAAGUACACUAGGAUGUCAUAUGAAGAGUCUUGGAUGUAUCUCGCUCUGGAAAUCCCUACGCUCGGGGGAUUCUACGACGAUUACGGGCGUGUCCUGAAGAGAACAAUCGAGGAGCAUCGCGCCGCUCGUGAGUAUUACAUGGGUCCAUGGAAGGCAGAAGGUCGUGGAAAGGAUACAAAGGUUCCAARGAUGUAUGAGGAGUCGCGAAAGUUUCUCAAGGUGGACGGUGAUGCGGAGCGGAAGUGGAGCAAGGACAUCUAG